GUCAUGAUUUCAAAAUGGCCGCAGCGGGACGAUUGACAUCUGUCGACUUUGAAAUAUUUGGUCUCGUUCAAGGUGUUUUCUUCAGAAAACACACUCAGAUUCAAGCUAAAGCGCUGGGUUUGGUCGGCUGGUGUUUGAACACACGUCAUAACACUGUGCAGGGGCAAGUACAGGGACCAAAUGCCAAGAUCAUUGAAAUGAAAGAUUGGUUGAAAUCAAAAGGCAGUCCACAAUCAAGCAUUACGAAAGCUGAAUUCACAAGUGAAAGACAUAUAGACAAACUAGAUCAUACAGAUUUCAAAAUCAUACGUAAAAAGCAUAAAAAAUCCUCAUGAU